CAUCCUACUUUCAGUUGGAUGGCAGCAGGCGGCUGCUCGGCUGACACGUAACUAAAGUUAAAGGUGCUGAGGAGGCCUCGUCGCGGAGUUAAGUUUUAACUUUUUUUCCCCACUGGGCUCGCCCCGAAACGCGUUGUCAACUGUGAAAUGUGAACGGGGAGAGGAAGGGUCCAGCCUCGGGAUUGUGUCGCGUUUGAGCGACGACGAACGAGAGUUUGACCUGAAGUCAGAGCAACAAACCCGAGCGGCUACUUUGAAGUCGCAGGCGACAGGGGGAUAGUUGGAUGUGGCUGUGCUAAAAUAAUGUACACACACAUUAGCAGCUAACGCUUGUUUUCUGCGUGGAAAAUGCUCGGGGAGUGAGGGGAAAGGAGGAGGGGGUUUCUUUCGUCUUCACGGGAGGUAGAGAGGGAGCGAGAGAGAGAGAGAAAAAAAAGUUGUGUUGGAAGUUUCCAGCGGCAGAGACGGGGCUUGUUCGCGCAGACAGCGGGGAGGGGUGCGGGUCCAACAUGGGAAACGGGGUUUGCUCCCGGAGGCAGCGGAGGAUCUUCCAGUGCCUUCUGCUGGUCACCGUGGUGUGCGGGCUGAUGUACGGGGGCAUGCUAUCCUACGAGAUGCACAAGCAGCUCAAGAGGACCGAGGCGAUGGCGCUCAAGUAUCAGCAGCACCAGGAGUCGCUCUCGGCUCAGCUCCAAGUGGUGUACGAGCAUCGCUCCAGGUUGGAGAAGUCUCUGCAGAAGGAGAGGCUGGAGCACAAAAAGGCCAAAGAAGAUUAUCUGGUUUAUAAACUGGAAGCACAACAGUCACUGAACAAGGAGAAGCAAGACUCCAGCAGCAGAUUCAACUCUUUACAAGUGCAGCAUCAGAUGUUAAAGAAUCAGCACGAGGACCUGAAAAGGCAGUACUACGAUCUGCAGGAGCAGCAUCAGGUCCAGGGAGAGGACCACGGCCGGCUGCUGGACGAACACAAGGACCGCUACGAGAAACUGCAGCAAACCAAAGAGGCGGAGAUCUCCCAGCUCAAAGAUAAUGUAUAUAAUCUGAGAGAGGAGAAUAAACAGCUGAGGAAAGCUCAUCACGACAUUCACACGCAGCUGCAGGACGCGCGGGUGCAGCAUCUGGACCUGAAGGCCGCUCAUGACCAGCUCGCACUGACGCUGGAAGACCACAAGAGUGCGCUGGCUGCAGCUCAGGUGCAGUUGGAUCAGUUCAAGCAGCUCAAGGGCUCCGUGGACAGAGGACCCAACGUGAUCCAGUCUAAGCAGCAGCCACAAGCAGCCACCACAGCCCCUGAGUCUCAUGUCCAUGAAGCCCAGCAGACAACCGGGCUGGAACACAAAAACGAGCCCGUCCACGAGGAUCAGCAGCAUCACCAGGACACUGAGUCGAGGGUGGUCCAGCCUCAGAUCAAGACUGACCCCGGUGUCUCCCAGCACACUUUGGCAGAAAAAGAGGAUGAUGGAGAGGGAGAGGCGGAGAGGAGGAGGGAGCUGGCUGAGGAGGAGAUGGCCCAAGCAGGGCAGCCCCAGAAGCUGGAGGAGGACCCAGACCAACCACAGGAUGAGCAGCAGGAGGAGGAGGAGGAGCCAGAGCAGCCGGACGAGAACGCCUUGGACCGGCAGAGACGGCAGCCACAGCAGGGUCUGCAGGAGGAGGCCCAGCUGCACCACCAGGCGCCAGCCCCGGUGGAGCAUGGGAAGUCGGCCUACGAGCAGCAGCAGGAGCAGCAGCGUCUGGAGGCCCAGAGGGCCGAGGAGCGCAGGCAGAUCCAGAUGAGACAGGAGGCCCUGCAGGCCCAGAGAGAUAAGGUGCUGAGGGAGAGAGAGCAGAGGCUGAAGGAGGAGCAGGAGAGAGAGGAGCAGCAUCACAGGGAGGCCGACAGACGGGAGCAGCUGCUCAAACAGGAGCACCAAAGGAAGAGGACAGAGUAUGAGAAUCUGGACAAUGACAUCGUUCAAGGAGAAGAGGAGCACCACACCAAUGACGAAGAAGAGAGAGAUGGUCACAUGUUGCACGAGGAGGAUGAGAAGCAAGAAUCGGAUCACAGAGGGCCUGCACAUCAUCAGGGCGCUGUAGACGGUGAACUAGACCCAGAGGACGACCCCAAUAACCAGGGAGAGGACGAGUUUGAGGAGGCCGAGGAUGAGCGGCACGCGCACAAGGUCGCCCAAGAGGAGGAAGAGGGGGUGGAAGAGGAAGAGGAGCCGGCGGCACCGGCCAGGCACGGAGACACACACCCUGAACAGCCUGCUGUGGAGGAGGAACUGGUGAUGGCUGGAAACCCAGAUCAACAAGAAGACACGCUGGACGACCAGUACCAGGAGGAAGGAGAGGAUGAGGCCCAGGACGACAUAGCUGGUGGUCAGAAGAGAGAGGAAGAGGAAGUGGAAGAGGAAGGAGAGGAUCCGUAUAAUGAGGAGAACGUAGAACAGGAUGAAGCAAAAAACCAGGAAGGACCAAGAAAGGAGGGAGAUCAUCAGAACGGCGGGAAGAAUAACGAGGAAGAGAAUUACGAGGAGGAAGAAGACGAUUUGGAGGUGGAUGCGGCUGCUGGAGACAAGGGAACCAACCGCAGAGCAGAAAUGUAGUUCCUUUCCAGGCUGCCCGUAGAGCCAAUCAGGUCUUUUUUUCCCUUGGUUCCCAAAGGAAUUAAGCCAGCCAUCCGUUUGGAAUUCCAAACAGGAAAAUUGGAAUAUCAUUCCUGGAAGAUGGGCAUGUUAAUCCAAAAACAUUGUGAGUUUGGAACGGAUCAGCUUACACUGUGGAAACGGACACAAUUUUUCAGUAAAUGGGAUGUAUACUGUAUCAUUUUUACUCAUUUGCUUUUACUCGCACGUCUGCCUGGCUGCCUGUGUGGGUCUGUGUUUCAAACAGCGGUCAAACAGAGAAUGUAUUUUAUCAGUGUGCUCUCCUUGAGUAUGUUUAAAGCAAGUAAAGAUAAAUUAUCUUUAUGUCCUCAUGUUCGUGCCUUUAUAUGUAUGUUUUAUGCAGACUGAUGUUUCCUUUGUAGAGCUCAGAUGUUAAUUUACAUCUCCCAUUCCAAUCUGUUGUUUUCUGUUAUUUAUUGUCUAUGACAAUCGUACAAGGUGCAGCAUUUUUAUUUUUUCUUCUGACUGAAUUAGUUUGUGUCAUGAUAACUUUUACCAACUGAUAAGCAGGAGCCUUUUCACUGGAUAGUUCUGCAGAAGGCAAAAAGACGUUUCUGGUGAAGCUGUUCUGUGCUGAAAGUGUCACGCUGACAUGUGCCUUUCCCUUGUUGGAAACUUCUUUUAGGUCUUAGUCUUUUUAAAGCAUUGUAAUCGGAAAAAAAAGCUAAGAGCAUGCCAGUCCCGCUGGAGCCAAUGUCUCACCCUGUCUCAUCAACUGCUGGUGUGAAUUCCAUUCACAAACCUAAUGCGUCUGUAGUCUACUGUACAAUGUAUAGUAAAAUAAAUGCUGAAUAUUUGUACAUUUGUA